CCGUGACAAAAUCAACAUUGCUGACGUCUUUCACUGUGCGACAAAACGACAAAGCAGCUUAUCCAAGUGCAGCAGUGGUUUGUAAAGAAACCAAUGACGAGGGACAAAUAAUCUUCUACUAAAUCGUUGAAUCACGGUGAUGAGCAACAGUCCCAUGGCAGGCUCUUCCAGCUCAGCGAGGGACCGUCCACCCACACGGACCAGCUUCAUCCCCGAAAUACAGAGCAUGAUGUUUGCUCUGGGAGAUGCUCGCAGACCCCUACAUGAGACUGCUGCUCUGGUGGAGGACAUUGUACACACCCAACUCAUCAACCUGCUACAGCAGGCAUGUGAGGGGGCGGUCCUUAGAGGGUCAAGGGUCAUCUCAGCUGAGGACAUCCUGUUCCUCAUGAGGAGAGACAAGAAGAAGGUGAGGAGGUUGUUAAGGUAUCUACAGUUCAGAGACUACAAGUCUAAAGUGCUGAAAACCAUUGAAGACGAGGAACCUCUGGAAUCAGAUAGGUGGGUUGUUGCCGGGAGUAACAAGCGCCAGCGGCUAGCAGGAGACUUCUUGUCCUGGGUGGACCAGACGGGAGAGUUCCUGUCCCUGUCUGACAACCAGGAAGUAGAUGACGUCAAACUGGAACGACUGGAGAGGUUGGAAAGACAGACCAGAGGGAUGGACAGUGCUCAGUACAGUGAGUUCUGUGAGAGUCGGCAGCUCAGCUUUGCUAAGAAGGCAUCUAAGUUCCGAGACUGGCUGGACUGCAGCAGUCUGGAGGUGAAGCCCAACACUGUUGCCAUGGAGAUCCUGUCCUAUCUGGCUUAUGAGACCACCGCUCAGCUGGUAGAUCUGUCUCUGUUAGUGAAACAGGAUAUGACUCCAAAGACAGACCCCUUCAGCCAUGUUGUGUCUGCCAGCUUCAUACACUACCACAGCAAUACAGAGGUAAAGAGAGAUCCAGAAUCUCCAGAGACCACGCCCCCCUCCACUCCUGGCUCAUCCCACUCCUCUAAACCCUCGAAUGGAGGCUUGGGAUUGGACAGUAAGACCAGGCAAAGGAAACGCAAGAAGAGCUCAGCAGUGAGUGGUGUGGAGCCUCCCAGUGGAGCCAUUCAGCCCUGCCACAUCAGAGAGGCCAUCAGACGCUACAGUUACAGACACACGAGUGCUAAUAGGGGCAAUGGGAUGGCGUUCCUGGCCUGCUAAAGGCAGAAGAGAAAUGGUUCGAUAGGCUGUUCUUUUUUUAUGAUUUGAGAUUCUUACCAUAAAGACAGACAGGAAGUGAACUAUUUCUGUUGAAGCCCAGACAACAUCUUGUCAUGAUAUGUCACUUAGUCUGUGUUUACACAGGCAGCCCAAUUCCGAUCUUUUUUCCACUAAUUGGUCUUUUGACCAAUCCCAUCAGAUCUUUUCACAUCAGAUAUUUUUCAGAUCUGGUUGGUUAGACCAAUUAGUGAAAAACAAUCUGAAUUGGGCUGCCUUUGUAAACACAGCCUUAGUGUCCGGUUCAUUUUUGUCCACAUUGAUUAUGCAUCACUGGUUUAUAUAAAAAGUUGUCUUUAAUAAAGCUAUUUGAUUAGA